AUGACAGAAGAGAUAUUAUUGAUUGGUAUUAAAACUGAAAAACUAUUAGCUGUUACAUGGGCAAAUGAUAAUAACUCUCUUUAUUUCGUCUCAAUAUCAUCAUCAUCUGAAGAAGAAAAUAAUUUGCAUAAAACUGAAUGGAAAGAUGUUAUUCGAUAUCGCCAACGAAAAUCUACUGACAAUAGUACUAUUCAUCGUAUUGAUAUUACGAGAAAAAAUCGAAGAAUAUUCGUAAGAAUUAAUACUAUUACAAAUAUUAAUUUUCAUAUUGGUGAACUCUUAUUUGUUUCCACAGAAAAUAAACUUAUCUUCAUAUCCGUAUCGGCUAUUGUUGAAAAUCCAAAUGUUUUUGAAAUCUAUUCAAUUAAUUUACAUAAUGUAUUUUUAUUAUCUAGAUUAACAGAGAGGGUGUGGCUGUGAGUGUAGGUGGGUUGGUGAGGAUGUGGGUCUCUUCAGUAUCAUUUCACACCCUUACCCAUACCCACCCAUACCCACACCGAUACCCACACCCACAUCCUACCCACGUCCGCACCCACACACUCACACUUACACCAGGGAUGCCACCUGAUCAAGUCAAAAAAGCGGAAAGUUCAGUUAGAAAAGCGGAAAAAUGCGGAAAGAAAAAGUACAAAAAACGGAAAAAUUGCGGAAAGCUGUUUUUUGUGAAACUUUGGCAUUGCUAUAGGUUUCAAUAACUUUUUUCUUCUUUCUGUGAUACUUCUUCAUUCUGAAAGUUCCAAAACACGAUGAGAAAUACAUAACGAAGAUGGAUAUUUUAUGAAGCACAUGAUUUUUUUCAAAUCAGUUACGUGUGCUGAUCCAAUGGGUUUCGCUUAGAAACUCCUUUUGAAGCCAUGGAACUAUAUGCAUGUUCGUGUGACAAUGAAGUAUUUCAAUGAAUCUGUAUUUCUGCAACGAUUGAAUCGACUAACAUUCAAUUGCCGUAAUAAUCGGAUAUAUGUAUCGGUUCCGAAAAAAACAAUUAUGGUAGUAGCACUGCUUUUCGAAAUAGAACACAGAAUGCAUCAUAUAGAAAAUAAUAGACUGUAAAUGACAGCUAACUAGAGACCUGCAUCGGAGUUAAUUUCGAAGUCGUUUCGGAGUCAAAUAAAUUGCUUGCCAAUAAUUCAUUUGAACAUUAGAAUCUUUAUGCGUUGUAGGCUUUGCUCUUUGGCCGAUUUCUUACAAUCGGAUGUAUCUUGGAGGUCCAAUCAACGUCACAUUGAAGGCAAUCGAUCCAAAGAGGAAAUCGGAGUCGAAAAACUUGGAAUCAAAUUUUAUUCCGACUUUCUCUUUGUGUCCGUAGACCUCAAUGUGAUGUUGAUUGAACCUCCAAGAUACAUCAGCCUGUAGAAAAUCAAUCAAAGAGCAAAGCCUAUAAAAGUACAAAGAUUCUGAUGUUCAAAAUAAAUUAUUGACAAGAUACUUAAUUGACUUCGAAACAACUUCGAAAUUGAUUUUGAUGCAGAUCACUACAGCUAACAUAGUGAACAGAAUCGUAAUGAAUUUUAUUGCUACAAAUUUUUAAAUAAAGGACAAAUUUUAAGUUUCCCAUAUAAAAAAGCGGAAAAUUGCGGAACAG